GAGGAAGUGGAGGAGGAGAGAGGGAGAGAGGAGGAGGGUGAGGCGGGCAGUGACUAAAGUCUGUCUCUGUGAGAGGAAAGAGAGUGCUGCUCUGAGCUUUCCUCACAUUUUCAACAGGCUACGUGGGGGCCAGCAUCUAAGAGACGAGAGAGCCCUGGGAGUGUGUGUCUGUGUGGCUAGGUCAGAAAGUGUAUGUGCCUUCUCGUCUGAGGGACAAAAGAGGAGUACAGAGAUCUGUCCUAUAGAAACCUCAUCAUUGGCCGUUGGGCUCAGGACUGGAAGAGACAGAGAGGUUCUGUCAUUCUGUUGGAGGAAGAGGAGCUACACUUGUGAUAUUUUGAUUCUGAUAAAGAGGGUCAGAAGAGGAGAAAGGAGACAUGUCACAUGCUGUCCUGAGAAGAAACUCCAGCAAGCAAGGUUUGCAGAACCUCUUGAAAAUAACCGCCCAGAGGAGCGUCGAGGAUGCAGAGGAGGUGGAGCGAGAGCGUCGGCGGAGGGCCCGGGAGUCCUUCCGCAGUAUGGGCAGCAGCAGUACCUUGGGCCCUGGAGGCCCCUCACUGGACAAUGGGGCCUUGGCGGAGGACGGCCUGUAUGAGAGGGAUCUGAAGCCCAGCAGCAGCUCUCCCUCUAUGGAGGAGGACGAGGGCUUCAGUGACUGGACCCAGCGGCUGGAGAGACGCAGGCAGCAGGCCCAGCGCAUGGAGGAGCUCAGUCAGGCCACAGUGGAGCAGGACCAGAGGCCCCUGAACGGUGCCGCAAAGCCCCCCACACCACAUACCCUCUCUGGCUCAGCCACCCCCACCACAUCCACCUCUCGCCAGCAGAGACACAAGGCAGAAGUGGAGGAUGAAGAGGAGAAGAAGUGGGGAAGAAAGGAAAGUGAGAGGAAAGGGAGGGAGCGAGAGGAGAAGGUGGUUAGAGAAGAGAGGGAAAGAGAAGAGGAGGCAGAGAAACAGAGGCAGGAGCAGAUAAGAGUGCUGAAGAAGAGAGAGGAGAACCAAAGACCUGAUGCUGGGGAGAAGGUGAAAGAGAAGAGCAAAGAGGUGAAGGUCUCGUACACAUCCAAAGUCGUCCUGCAUACAGAGGCAAAGCAUGGCAACGUCAACGGAGACACAGCUGGGGAGAAAGUGACAUCAUACAUGGUCAAAACCAAAUUAAGUGCUCCCAGGGCUGUGGUACAAAUGGCAGCGGCAGAGGCUGAGGAGGAGGCCAUCUUGGAAACAGAGGCCAAGCUGGAGAAGAUCCGACGGAGCCAUGCGGAGAAGGAAAACCAGGAGCUUGAGCAGCUCAAACACAAGCAGGUUGAGGCCGAGCAGGAGCUAGAGGAGCUGAAGAGGAGGAGGGAGGAGAGACGCCAGGUCAGGAAGGAGGAGGAGCGCAGGAGCAGAGAGGAGGAGCAACAGCGUCUAGCCAAGGAGGAGGAGGAGAAGAGGAGGAUGAAGGAGGACAUAGAGAGGAGGAGGAUGGAGGCAGCAGAGCGGAUGAAGAGCCUCAGUACCUCCAGCGUGGACGGAGAUGAGAUGUUUAGCCCGCUCAGUCCCAAAGGCUCCAUCUACAAGAUCACAGAGAGAACGGAAUCCUUGAACCGAUCCCUAAAGAAAAGCAACAGCUUCAAGAAGACACAGCCCCCUGUUCUCCUCGCCAAGAUCGAUGACAGGCUGGAGCAAUACACCACCGCCAUCGAGUACUCCCAGGAGGUCAAGGCAACCAAACAGGGCCUAACGGACAUCCCCAUGUCGCCUGAGCCAGUGUCCUCCAAGAAGAACUUGUUUGAGGCUGGAGAGGCCUGGAACCAGAGCCUGGCCAAAGGCACACCACCCAAGCAGGAUGCUGAGAGUCUGAAGGUGGGCGUGGCGGACAUGAUCACCCAGUGGGUGAAGGGGAACCCAGAUGGCACCAACAGGAGCUCCCCCUCAAGACCAGCUGAUGUAAAAGCUGGUGACGUGAUGCAGAAAAAGAACAUGUGGGAGAUCAUUGGAGAAACAUCCCCUGGGAUUUCAGGAGCAGUGGCAAAGGGCAAUGCAUCUGGUAAAAAGUACAAAUUUGUGAUGACUGCUCAUGGCAAAUAUGAGAAGAUUCCUGUUGAUGAUGAUUAUGAAAAUAUGGAUGAAUACACCAAUGGAAAAGCAGACCUAUACCAUGGUGAAUAUUGAAAUACAAAUGUUGGUGGCAAAGACUUUCUAUUCAAGAUGGUAUGGACUUCAACAACUUUGGCCACCUUGUCAGCAAACCCUGUGAGGAUAUCCUGCAGUAGCACCUGUUAUGAAAACAAUAUAAUUCAGUUUAUACCUUUCCUACCGCAUUCAGUAGGUGACUUUUGAGAACUUCUUCAAUGGUUAGUUGUUGCUUUGUUUUGUUCUGUGUACUCACUUUGAGCUCCCCAGUUCAAUUUAAUCUUCAGACUUGUAUUGGCUUACUUGUCAAAAGUGUCUUUCACAUAUGUGUAUGUAUAUAUGAAUAUGUUUUUUUACUUACUUUUACUUUUCCCCCCUUCAUUUUAUGCCAUUGACAAACAUUAGGUGAAUGCAUUUACAUGUACCGCACAUGUAUGUUGGAAAUUAUGCAGAAAGUGACAUAAAACCAAAACCUAAGCUUUGAAUUUGAAAUGGUAACUCAUGUAAAUUGUUCUGGUUUGGGAAGUUUGAUCACUGAGCCUGUUAAUUGUAAUAUCAUGUUUAUAUUUUAUUUUUCUUCUGGCUGUUGUUUGAGCCCCAAGAUUAUCCAAACAUCUUCUGAAUAUAGUGUUAAAGGCACAAUGCGGCCGUUUUUAUAUCAAUAUUAAAUCAUUUCUGGGUAACAAUUAAGUACCUUACUGUGA